AUGGAUCAGCAAGCUAGUAUUUUUUUUCGAAGGAACCACAGAGCUAGUAUAGUUUUCCGAAGGAAUCACCAAGGUUGUAUUACAGAAAGUGACUUGCAGCGCAUGCUAUUGGAUGAAACUGCAGAGCCCAAGCCCCUGCCAUUUUCGCUUUUGGAAAGAAUCACUAAUGGUUUCUCUUAUAAGAUGGAAAUUGGUAGAGGUGGUUUUGCGGUGGUUUAUAAGGCAAUGCUUGAGAAAGGUGUUGUCGCUAUAAAGAGGUUGUCCAAUACAUAUAUGUACGAGAACGAGUUCUUCCGAGAGGUUGAAUGUCUUAUGAAAGUCAAACACAAAAACAUAGUACGGUUCUUGGGAUACUGUGUAGACACACAAGGGAGUAUGACAAAAUACGACAGAAAAUAUGUCAUGGCAAAUAUAGAACAAAGAUUGCUCUGCUUUGAGUAUCUGCCUAAUGGAGGUCUUGAUCGUUAUAUCAAAGAUCCAUCUUGUGGACUUGAAUGGAUAGAUCGCUACCAUAUAAUAAAAGGAAUUUGCGAGGGCUUACAUCACCUCCAUCAGAUAAAUAUUGUGCACUUAGACCUUAAGCCAGCCAAUAUACUGUUGGAUGAGAAUAUGAAACCAAAAAUUACUGACUUUGGUAUUUCAAGGAGCUUUGACGAUGAUCAAACCCGGGUCAUUGCUACAAAAGUGCUAGGAACGACGGGAUAUAUGGCACCAGAAUUCGUUAGCCAUAUAAUUACAAAAAAGUAUGAUUUGUACGGUCUUGGUGUUAUAAUAAUGGAGAUACUGACCGGAGAGAAGAGCUGUCAAGGUGUUGAAAUGGUGCUCAAAAGUUGGAGCGAUAGAUUGAAUAUAUCACAGAGAAACCAAGAAUGUGAACAAAUACGGGUAUGUGUUGAGAUUGGGAUUGAGUGCACAGAUUUCGACCCAGCGAACAGACCGGUUAGUAUGAAGCAUAUAAUCGAAAGGCUUGCUAAAACGGAAAGGACUAAGGGCGCCGCCGGGGGAUCAGAUCCCGUCGCCCAAACACUCCCGCCCCCUGAUCCCCUCCUCUCCGCCGCUGCCGCCGGCGCCCGCCGCGGUGGCGGCCCCUGGUACCGAACGGUUCUAGGGGAGGUGGACGUGGCGGCCAUCUCCUCGAUGCGGCUGGGGCUGGGUUGUCGGAGACUGACGCGGGCGAUGGUCGAGGCAGCGUUCCCCGGCCAGGCGGCGGCGGCGCUCUUCACCGGGCCAUCGUGGCUGCAAGUGGAGGAGCUCUGCCAUGGGUCUAGGCUGCCCGCCUAG